AUGUUGACAGGGACGGUCACGUUAGCUUUGGCUAUAAUGAUGCUGGGGUUUGAUGACGUCGUUGACGCACGACCAAUGCACGCGGCCAUUAUUCCUAUAUACCAUCGGUACUUGGAGGAGAAGGAUGAGGUAGCUAAGGAGCUGGCAGACUGGAUGGACGAGUUUGGACCUGGUGGACGGAAAGCCGGGAUUAUUCCAGUAACGGAGUCUCGGAGCCUUGAUGACGAGUUAGAAGAUCGGCUACAACGGUUCUACCUGACCAAGGAGCACAUUGUGGAGGCACGAAAGGCUAACCCGCGUGCUGUAUUUAGCCUCCAUGGACCAUUUUCGCUUCUCUCAAUUCGUGAGUUUGCUGAUUUUCUGUCGAACCCGCACCUGGGUGGCUCGAACAGGACAAACACUACAAAAAUCUUGAGACGUCAAUGGCCGAUUAACAAUGGCGUUACUCCAUUAACCAAACCCCCAGAUAGCAAGGAUGACUCUGAGGAAAGUAGCAGUGGAAGUUGCGAUGAUGUCAGUACAAAACGAAAUAGGUCGGUGCGAGCAACAAAAAUACCCAGGCGUCGACUUCGCAACGCAGGAACUCAGUAUGUUUUUAAUGACGAGGACUACAAAGGGGGCUCCAAAAGUACCCCCGACGCCUCUACUCAGAACUAUCAAACACCUUUUCACAGUCAAACAUAUUACAACGAUAUUGCCACCACGGAAGGGGACACGAAAGAAGAAUGGAAUUUUGAAGAUGUGUCGACGGAUGACAGCGUCCGAAUUGCAGUAGUAGCUGACGGUGGCGGCAGUAACACCGGAACUUGGUGGGGAACUAAUGGCUGGGGAGAGAAUAACUGGUUGGGACUUAAUGGCUGGAGUGGGAGUAGCUGGUGGGGCUUUUGGGGUCACCAAGAUUCAGAUGCUGGGACACACAAUAUCGACCAGACUGAGGCGCCAGGAUUGUCAAACUCGCAGUUGACCUUAAGCUCGCAGGUGACUAUAUCUUUAGGACCAUCAAGCCAUCAGUGGACAGAAUCGGGUAAUUCAGGUAAUAGCACCCAAGCUCCUGCCACCCAGGCACUUCCGACAACAUCCACAGCUAUAUCACAAUGGUCACCAAUUCAGCCAAUGGUCCCACCAUCUCCUGGUCCUGCUGCUGUCCUAGAUGCAGCCCUGAUUCCUGCUAUAACGUUACCUAUUCCUGCGCCAGGACCAAUUCUAGCUGCCUACUCAACUCCUUUUCCACCACAAACUCCUACCGUGGCACCAACUCCUUCCCCGGCACCAACUCCUACCGUGGCACCCACCCCUACCGUGGCACCAACUCCUUAUCCGCCACCUUCCCCAUCUCAUGCUCCGGCACCACUUCUAGACCCAGUUUCAAUGUCUAAACGAACUCCUGCCCCAGCUUAUGUCCCAGCACCUUUUCCAACUCAAGCCCCGGCACCUUCUCCAACUCAAGCCCCGGCACCUUCUCCAACUCAAGCCCCGGCACCUUCUCCAACUCAAGCCCCGGCACCUUCCCCAACUCAAGCCCCGGCACCUUCCCCCAACUCAAGCCCCGGCACCUUCCCCAACUCAAGCCCCGGCACCUUCCCUAACCCCAGCCCCGGCACCACUUCCAGUUUCUAA